UGCGGGGCUGCGGCCUCCAAAGUGGACUCUUCAGCGCUCUGAACGCUCAUCAUUUUGCCAUUUCUUGUUCGGCUGGCAACGAAACCAAAAGUGAUUGUUAAGUGCGCGCAUAACCGUGAAGUGUGUCAGUGCCUGCUUGCCUGUCAAUUCACUAGUCAGUCAUCGUUCUGCCAAUAGCGCGACCUGUACCCAGUUAUAUUGCCGUGUUCACUUUCGAUUGCGGCCCGUAUUGAUACGAAUAUUGAAUAUUGAACAGCGAAAGGAGUUGAUCAUCAAAUAUUCAGUGCACAAAAUUUUAGAAAAAUAAGCAAAUAUGCUGUUAAAAAUCCAAUUGAUAUGCUGUCUGGCGUUGCUGGCCAAGGCGCAAAACUCCAUCGAACAACUGGCGGUCGAGCGGUCGGGUGAACUGCAUUUUGAGACUUCACACAAGCGUCCCGAUGGAAAAGAAUUCCAAACAUCACACAAAAUUCCCAGACAUUCUUUCUUACCAGAUUCUGAUCUGGGUGCAAUGAAUUUGCUGCCGACAAAAGAACGCCCAGAAUUAAAUCCCGUUUUGAGUGCGCUCAUCAAUGAGGAUGUCAUGAAGAGCAUCGAGGCCAAACGUGCCAUUGAGCAGGAGGAGCUCGAGCAAGUUAAGGCUGAGAUAGAUGCCGCUCGCAAGCAGGAGGAGGAACGCAGAGCAGCCGAGAGUGCCGUCGAAGCCACUUAUGUUAUGUUGACCACAGCUGCGCCCGCUAAAAACGAUGACCUCGAUGAAGAAAUAAAUGUGGGUUUUGUCGAUCAGGCCAUUAACCUGGAUGCUGCCGGUUCGGAAAAUAGCAAAAAAUCGCGCAUUGAAAUUAAGAAGGGACCAAAUGGUCAGGACUAUGAAUACGAAUAUGUGUACUAUUACGAAGACGAGGAGGACGUCAAGCCGUCGGAGUCGCCGGCUAAGGCUGAAUCAACUGAACGCGGCAAAUCGCGUUACAGCAAUAUCGAACGCACCACAGCGGUGCCAACUGGCAAUAGUCUCGUGAGCAACAAGGCUAAGGGUCGCUCAUCAAGCAUAGCCGACAACGCCGGCGACGACGUCGAAGCCGAACGGCUGCCUGCCAAUACACGCUUCCCCAGCCGCGGCAAGAACGUUGAUGCACAACCGACACCCGCUUUGGAUUCGCUUGAGAACGCCGCGGAGAGGAAGAAAAUCAGCGUCAAGCGACCCAGCUUGGAACUGGUUGACAGCGCAACCUUCAACACGGACGAAAAGCAAGUGAAGGGCAUUCGAAACAGUGACACCGAAACCAAAUCGGCGAUCGCCAUUGAACAAGAGCAAGCAGCCGCUGCAGCAGCACAGGCAGCUGAGAAGAAAGAGGCCGAGGAAAAGCAGCGACGUCAGCCGACUAUCGGUAGCGCUGAGGAAAGUGCGACUGGCAAGGAUGUGGCGGACGAGGAUGUUGAGCAAACAACUUUAUCAAUGGAGAAGGCCGCAUUAGACUUGUACGCGAUUUUGGCGAAUGAAAAUUUUAACAUGGACAUGACCACGGAUGCGGAUACGGAGGUAACGACGGUGCUGCCAGACACCACAAACCCCGACGAGGCGGCAAUAACCACUUUGGUAGACGAAGAGCCCAGCUCAACUACAACUACCACAACAACAACUACCACAGAGGCAACUACCACAACAACAACCACCACUACAACUACACCGGCACCAACGCUGUUUGGCGGCAAACGUGCCGGCUUGAAUUCGUCCGGACGUAAUCGCUUCAAGUUGAACAAGGGUGGCAAAAGCGAAGCAACAACGACGACAACUACAGAAGCGCCAUCGGAGCCACCUAAAACUGGCAAGAAUCGCUUCUCUCGUCCAUCGAUUGGCGGACGCGCGCGUCCAGGCGCACGCACCACAACUGCAGCGCCCGCGCCAGCGGAAGAGGAAGGGGAAGUAUCUGCGCCGAAAGAAGUUAAGCCCGUGAGCUCAGGUUUCGGACGUGGCAGGCCACGCAAUCGCUUCAACCUACGCAGCACAACAACUACCGAAAAACCCGCCAGCGCCGAUGGUGAGGAGAGCAACGAAGAAGCUGUAUCCAGCACGACAGCGCGCACACUGCGCGGUGGACGCCCAACAUUGGGGCUGCGCGGUCGCAGUCGCACCACAACCGUAAGACCCGCCGCCACCGAUGAAGAACACAAAGAUGAGGAGGCUGCCGCGAGCGCUGCCGAAGAAAAGCCCGCGCCUGUUAAACCAGCAUCACGCUUUGCGCGUCCAGGUGCCAAUCGGCUGUUGCCACGUGGUAAGCUCGCGCGUACCACUGAAGCGCCAGUAGCUGAUGAUUCGGCAGCGGAUAGCAGUCAUCAUAAUGACGUGAAAGGUGAGGAAAAUGGCGAAGAGAAUGCAGAUAAAGCGGCCGAGGCGGAAGCCAAGCCCGUAGCGUCACAUGGACUGAAUCGAUUAAAGUCGCGUCCACAUCUGCACAAGACUGAGAAUGCCAAGCAGAAGGCGGCACCAGCGCCAGUGGCGCCACGCAAAGUCAAUCCACUAUUGGCCAAGCGACGCUUGCAGCUGGGACACUCUACAACGGAAACGCCCGCUGAAGAGGAUAACUCCACCGCUGCUGAGGAAUCGAAAACGGAAGAAGAGAGCGCACCAGUCGCCGCUUCCGCUGAUGCGCCUACCUCCGAAAAUGCCGACGCUACCAAGGACGAGUCCGCUGAUGAGGCAGAGACAACAACGAAACAGCAGGCACGCGGUUUGGGGCUACUAACGCAAAGAAGGCGUCUGCCACUGCGCAAACCUGGCACUAUUCUGUAAUUCUGUGAGCGCCUGUGUGAUGACAUGAGCCCCAGUGCAGUGUGAGAGUGCGUGUAACUGGACGCGCUGGUUGAAAUCAAGCUGCUGCUUGCUGCCCACACUCAGCUGGGGUUAACUUAAUGAAAACAAAAAAAUCAAAUAUCACUAAAUGCUUUUACUAUUUGUUAUUUGUAGUUUGACUUGAAAAAAAUACUCGUUAUUUGGCUUGAUUUCGGCCACAGUCGAUUUUUAUGAAAUAUUACUAUAUACUCGUAAUAUUAUGAUCUGUUUUUUUAUUUUUAUUAUUUUUAUUUUUUUUGAUAUACUCAUACUAAAUAUUUACGUGUAAAGUGCCCCCGCCCCCCUUUUUGUACUCCCGCUGCCAGUGUUGAGUGUAGUACGUACCCGUAAUUUAAGUGUGUACCUUUUAUUUUAUUUUAUAAUUUUUAUAAGCAUUUACAACUACAUACAAUACAAACAUACAUAACUG